CUCGGGAGCUGCGGAGCCCGGAGCCCGGGACUGCGAGCCGCCGGCGCCGUGGAGGUAUUCUAUAAGUGACUUUCACCAUGGGAGAGAUAGAGCAGAGGCCGACCCCAGGGUCUCGACUGGGGGCCCCGGAGAAUUCGGGGAUCAGUACAUUAGAACGUGGACAGAAGCCGCCCCCAACGCCUUCAGGAAAACUCAUGUCCAUCAAGAUCCAGAUGCUGGAUGACACCCAAGAGGCGUUUGAAGUUCCACAAAGAGCUCCGGGGAAGGUGCUGCUGGAUGCAGUCUGCAACCACCUCAACCUCGUGGAAGGCGACUAUUUUGGCCUUGAGUUUCCUGACCACAAAAAGAUCACGGUGUGGCUGGACCUCUUAAAACCUAUCGUGAAACAGAUUCGAAGGCCAAAGCAUGUCGUUGUUAAGUUUGUAGUGAAAUUCUUUCCACCUGACCACACACAACUCCAAGAGGAACUCACAAGGUACCUGUUUGCUCUGCAGGUGAAGCAGGACUUGGCUCAAGGCAGGUUGACGUGCAACGACACCAGUGCAGCUCUCCUGAUUUCACACAUCGUACAGUCGGAGAUUGGGGAUUUUGAUGAAGCAUUGGACAGAGAGCACCUAGCAAAAAAUAAGUACAUACCUCAGCAAGAUGCACUAGAAGACAAAAUCGUGGAGUUUCAUCACAACCACAUUGGACAAACACCAGCAGAGUCAGAUUUCCAACUCCUGGAGAUUGCCCGUCGGCUGGAGAUGUAUGGAAUCCGGUUGCACCCCGCCAAGGACAGGGAAGGCACAAAGAUCAAUCUGGCCGUGGCCAACACGGGAAUUCUAGUGUUUCAGGGUUUCACAAAGAUCAACGCCUUCAACUGGGCCAAGGUGCGGAAGCUGAGCUUUAAGAGGAAGCGCUUUCUCAUCAAGCUGCGGCCGGACGCCAAUAGCUCUUACCAGGACACCUUGGAAUUCCUAAUGGCCAGCCGGGAUUUUUGCAAGUCCUUCUGGAAAAUCUGCGUUGAACAUCAUGCCUUUUUUAGACUUUUUGAAGAGCCCAAACCAAAGCCAAAACCUGUUCUCUUUAGUCGAGGGUCAUCAUUCCGGUUCAGUGGUCGGACCCAGAAGCAGGUUCUCGACUAUGUUAAGGAAGGAGGACAUAAGAAGGUGCAGUUCGAAAGAAAACACAGCAAGAUUCAUUCUAUCAGGAGCCUUGCGACACAGCCCACAGAACUGAACUCAGAAGUGCCAAAACAGUCUCCACAGAGCACCAGCCUUAGGUUUGGAGAAGGGGCCGAAUCUCCCGGUGGCCAGAGCUGCCAGCAAGGAAAGGAACUGAAUGUUUCGGAGUCGGGACCGCGUCACAGCCCCACUCUGAAGAAGAGCCCCUCAGGUGACCAGCAGGCGGAUGGAGCCGUCACGGCACCGGCAGAGGAAGAGGAGGAGGCCGCUAAGGACAGGACCCAGCAGAGUAAACGGCAGCCCCCGCAGCCAGGCACAGGCUCCCUGACUGGUAGCCCUCACCUUUCAGAGCUGUCCGUCACUUCCCAGGGAGGAGCUGCCCCCGCCACCGUGACCUUGUCCCCCAACCUGAGCCCUGACACCAAGCAGGCAUCUCCCUUGAUCAGCCCGCUGCUCAGCGACCAGGCCUGCCCGCGGACGGAGGACGAGGAGGAGGGCCGCAGAAAGAGAUUCCCGACUGACAAAGCGUACUUCAUCGCUAAGGAAGUAGCCACCACCGAGCGAACAUAUCUGAAGGAUCUGGAAGUCAUCACUUCAUGGUUUCAGAGCGCAGUGAGCAAAGAGGAUGCUAUGCCAGAAACAUUGAAAUGUCUCAUAUUCCCAAAUUUUGAACCUUUGCACAAAUUUCAUACCAAUUUUCUCAAGGAAAUUGAGCAGCGACUUGCCCUGUGGGAAGGCCGCUCAAACGCCCACAUCAGAGGAGAUUACCAAAGAAUCGGGGACAUCAUGCUGAAGAACAUUCAGGGCAUGAAGCACCUGGCGGCUCACCUGUGGCAGCACAGCGAGGCCCUGGAGGCGCUGGAGACUGGCAUCAAGGGCUCGCGGCGGCUAGAAGCCGCGUGCAGGGAUUUCGAGCUGCAGAAGGUGUGCUACCUGCCGCUCAACACCUUCCUGCUGCGCCCGCUGCACCGGCUCAUGCACUACAAGCAGGUCCUGGAGCGGCUGUGCAAGCACCACCCACCCAGCCACGCCGACUUCCGGGACUGCCGAGCCGCGCUGGCAGAGAUCACUGAAAUGGUGGCACAGCUCCAUGGUACGAUGAUCAAGAUGGAGAAUUUCCAGAAGCUGCAUGAACUCAAGAAGGAUUUGAUUGGCAUUGACAAUCUGGCGAUUCCAGGCAGGGAGUUCAUCCGCCUGGGCAGCCUCGGCAAGCUCUCAGGGAAGGGGCUCCAGCAGCGCAUGUUUUUCCUGUUCAACGACGUCCUGCUAUACACAAGCAGGGGGCUGACGGCCUCGAAUCAGUUUAAAGUCCACGGGCAGCUCCCGCUCUACGGCAUGACGAUCGUGGAGAGUGAAGAUGAGUGGGGGGUGCCGCACUGCCUCACCCUGCGGGGCCAGCGGCAGUCCAUCGUCGUGGCCGCCAGUUCUCGGUCUGAGAUGGAGAAGUGGGUCGAGGACAUCCAGAUGGCCAUUGAUCUGGCAGAGAAGAGCAGUGGCCCCACCCCCGAGUUCCUGGCCAGCAGCCCCCCAGACAACAAGUCUCCUGAUGAAGCCACAACGGCCGACCAGGAGUCAGAGGAUGACCUGAGUGCAUCCCGCACCUCUCUGGAGCGCCAGACCCCUCACCGCGGCAACACCAUGGUGCACGUGUGCUGGCACCGCAACACCAGCGUCUCCAUGGUGGACUUCAGCAUUGCUGUGGAGAAUCAGUUGUCUGGGAACCUGCUGAGGAAAUUCAAAAACAGCAACGGGUGGCAGAAGCUGUGGGUGGUGUUCACAAACUUCUGCCUAUUCUUCUACAAGUCACACCAGGACAAUCAUCCCCUUGCCAGCCUGCCUCUGCUCGGGUAUUCACUCACCAUCCCCUCAGAAUCCGAGGACAUCCACAAAGACCACGUGUUCAAGCUGCACUUCAAGUCCCACGUGUACUACUUCAGGGCAGACAGCGAGUACACGUUUGAAAGGUGGAUGGAAGUGAUCCGAAGUGCCACCAGCUCAGCCUCACGGGCCCAUGUUUUGAGCCACAAAGAAUCUCACGCGUAUUGACAACCAGGCACAUUUGUUGGUGGAUCCCGCGGUGGCUGCUUUCUUCUGUAUUAACGGAGCCUUGUAACAUUAACACCUGUCUGAGAGACACCCUGGUCUCACUGCAGCUCUCUUCUGUCUCCAUGGAAGCAUUUUUAACCUUGUCCUUUCAGCUGUUAAUUUCUCAUCGGAACAGAACAGUGAUCCCAGCUCCGGUCCCGGGUGGCAUUUCAUCUUAUCAUUCUCUUGGGGGGCUGUUCUUUAGCUUAUGACAGUAUUAAAACAUUGUCAUUAAGAGAGUGCCAAAUGACAUUUCUUCCUCCACACUGCACCAUAAAAGCAGUACAGACACAUCGUUCAACCAUGAGACAGGGCAAGUGCUCUUCUUUUUCUUAAAGAAACUGUUAUUUUCAUCUACAGGUUGCUGCAUUUAAAAAAAAUUUUUUUUUCCAGUGUUUGCGGUAUGUGGCAAAGUCUUAAGUAACUGAGAUCAUUUUCAGAUUUUUUUCCCAAUCUUUCUACUUUUAUAAUAUUAAAUAAUAGGCAGUUCGUAGGACUCACUUCUUUGAUUAAUAAGCAAUUUACAGCACACUACGUCCCACCUAAGGGUUUCACGCUCCAAUGAAAACAUUUGUUACUGACCUCCUUCUUGGCACAACUUGACCAAACCACGGAAGCGAUUACUGUCCACAAACCGUAGCGGGGUGUCUUCUGCUGGAGCAGAAACACAGUGCAAUAUCUGGACUGUCGCUGUACUGUGAGUGGCAUACACAGUGGGAAGAUGCUAAGCUGUGGUGUUUUGCUGUCUGUGUCACAAGCAUGAAAACCUGUAUGUCAUUGAUCAGGGCCAUUUGUGAUAUGUUCCGUGAUAAGUGUUUUUGUGAGCAUCGUGGCUGCAGCAGCACGAUGAAGUAAUGGUACGUAACCCCCAGUGCCCCACACCUUCCUUCAACUGUGGUUUGAAACUGCACAUCCUCUAGUAGUAUAUAUUAUGCCUGUCCUCAGAAACUUCCUACUCCUGUCCCCCGGUAUGGGGUCACAACAGUAUGCCGCCGCACCUCCUUGACAUUUGGACUACACAGGAAACACGGUUUCCAACCACUUGGGCCUACUACUCGAAAGGCAUUUGCCUAUUCCCUUAGUAUUCGUAAGCCCUGUCUUAACAAGUCCAGAAGGUCCAGAGCAGCAGCCCACCAACACAGUUCUUCCCCAGGCCGGCCAGGACGCAGGGAGACACCCCCUCUGCAGAGUGUGACGAUAUACACAGAAACGGGGAUUUACCAAUGGACAAGUAGCUUGACACGUGUUAAUCAUUUGCCUUACAGUAUGUACCAGAUGGUUUAAAGUACUAACAAAAGGGAAUAAAAAUACCUCACGCCA